AUGAGCAGGCCUGUAGCCACGGAUAAUUUGGGUGAAGAAGUGAAUUCCCAGAUUUUUAACUUGGCAGCUGAAGUUGCAGAAAGCUCAAAUGAUAAGAUUCCUAUCCUCCUGCUAAAACUGAAAGAAAUCCUGAAGAAACCACCUGUAGAAAGCAAGGAACUACAGAAACUAAAAGAGGAUAUUUAUUAUUAUGACCUGAUUCAAUAUUGUAUAUUGGUGCUUAAACAAGACUACCACAACAUUCCAGGAAGCUGGUCCACAGCUGUAGAGCUGGCUGAGAUAGUCAGUACUGUCUGUGUGGGUCUGAAUCCAAAGGAAGAUGUUGAAGAGUUUUACGAAAAGGUUUUGCCAUCAGCUUCAGACAAUCUGAUGCUGCUGGCCCGACGCCUGCAAGCUCGAUUUCUCCAAGCUGUUGAGAAUGACGUCAAACAAGAUUUUCUGCGCUGUUUCCUCAAUGUGACUAACUCCCUUUGCUGGCUUCUUAGUGACCACAUUGAACUGAUUCAACAUGUGCUUCAGUCUGAUCGUCUCCUUCAGUUGUUGCUCACUGACGAUGUGGAAACUGGAGCUAUUAUGGUGUCUAUCCUGCUUGGUAUCCUGCAGGUGAACAGGACAGUAUUGUUCUCUGUGGAAGAGAAAAAUGUCCGCAUAAUCCUGGAUGAAUUAAUUUACAAGCUUUUUGCAACCAGCAAUCCAGUUAUAGGAAGCACAUCGAUCAAACUCAUGCUGUUGAUAGCAGAGACCCAUCCUCCCACCUUGACGAUACUUUGCAAUGAUUACAAAGGUUUAUGUCCCAUCUUGAAACAAUGGACAGGAAGAGGCUUUGACAAGGAGUUAAAUCAUCUUUUGGAACUCCUUUAUGCUGGGUCCACACAAGGAGUAAGCCAACAGAAGUUCCACAGAUCUGCAUGCUUGAUCCAAGCAGCGUGGAGAGCAUAUCAGAUAAGAAAACGGGUGAAGAGUCUUCCAAAAGUGGUGACAACUUUACAAAGGAGUUUCAGGGCAAAACGUGAGCGGGAAAUGCAACAACUGGAGAAAAGGAGAGAGGAGGAGGAGCUUAAACAUCUGCUUCAGCUAAGACGACAUCGAGCUCUCCGAGAGUUUCAGCAGCGCCAACUGAGUUUACUGGAAUUAGUUCCUGCGAGCGAGGUGGACAAAUACCUACAGGAAGAGAGAGAACGGUCAGCACUGAUGAUUCAGAAGGUCUGGCGUGGACACAGUCACAGAAAGGACUUUGACAAACGGAAACAGGCCCUUAAGGAAUCCAGAGCAGCUGUUGUUAUCCAGAGAGCUGUCUUGAAAUUCUUAAAAAAGCGUCAAAAUCUGAGAAUGUGCAUCAUGCCCUGGCAGGGACCAACACGUCUCACCGACACACGGAGACUCGAACUGCGUGCUAAAGUGGAUGCAUAUGUCAAACUUCAUCCAGUUCCUCAAGUGUCCGAGGAGAGAACGAAAGAGCGACAUUCCCAGGCUCAGGAGAUGUUGGGUCAGUACCUCAUGAAAAGAAACUUGGAGCGGAAGUCGGAGCAGCGGCAGGAGGCACUGCUUGCCCAAAUCAACACGGACAUUGAGCUACUGAUGAACGCUCCAGGUUUGAAGGAGGCCACAGAGAAGGAUGUGGAGGUGUUCAGCAGCAGGUCUGGACCUAUUGCAGCCAGGGCAAGGCAGUCCCACAACACCAUGCUACAGUACACACGGGGGCCCUGGUGGAAGAAGCUGGGUGAUGAGUUUCAGGAUCCUGAGAUGAUCUACACUGAAGACAUGGAUUUUGAUCUGAUGUUGUGACGUAGGUACCUUUAAAAACACUGGCUGGGUGCCACCACAUGUUGGCUGAACAUCGGCAUGAAUGGCAAGUGGGUAGCCCAUGACUCCAUGAUGUGUGUAGCUGAUAAGUAAGGUCCUCACUGGUAGGACAUGUUCUAAACAUGAGCACUUGUGUGUUUGCUCUGGGUACUUCUGUCAGGAGCUACAAGAAGAAAAGGUAGGAUUUGUAUGGUGCUUUUUUAAAAGCCGCUGAUGCAGUGUAGGAAAAGCAGCAGCCGAUUUGGACAAAGCAAGAUUCCAAAUUCAGUGAUGUUAAUCUGUUUCAGUUGCAUUUUUUGAGUGGUGAAUGUUAUUGAGGAGAACUCAAUUGCUCUUCUUCCCCUGAACUGGCAAAUGGGAACACAGUUCAUCGAGAAGUUGGCUUUGUGGCAAUGCAACAUUCCCCAAAGGCCCCAGAAAAAGCUGCAACACAGGUGUUAAUCUGAGAUAGUAGGAACUGCCAAUGCUGGAGUCUGAGAUAACAAGGUGAGGAGCUGGAUGAACACAGCAGGCCAGGCAGCAUCAGAGGAGCAGGAAAGCUGACGUUUCGGGUCUGGACCCUUCAGAAAUGGGGGAGGGGAAGGGGGCUUAAAUAAGUAGAGAGAGGGGGAGGCGAUGAUAGAAGGUGCAUAGUGGAGCAGAUAGGUGGAGAGAAGACGGACAGGUCAAGGAGGUGGGAAUGAAGCCAGUAAAGGUGAGUGUAGGUAGGGAGUGUUAAUCUGUUGUGGUGGUGUCACGUGAGUGGUAGAUGUGGAUCCCUAGCAUUGGGAGGCUGUACAUUGAACAGCAAGGCCAGAAAAAGUGGGAAUUCUCAGCCCUGAAAUAGGUGUCUGAUGCCAAGCACGUAAGACAGCACACAGCACAGAAAAAGCCAAAUGCAGGAAUUUUGCUUCAAGAUAAAAUACAGGCAGAAGAUCUAAACAAGUAAAGACAAAACUUGGACUCAUAGGAAAAUGUUUCAGACAAAGAUAAUGAACACCUGAAGUGAAUUUCCAGACCGGAUAGUGGAUGCAAAGACCUUGGAUGUUUUAAGGAACAAUUGAGUGUGUCAUAAGUGGAGGUAUAUUUUCUCUGAAUAGGUAGAAUACAACGGGUUGAAUGGUCUCCUACAUCAAUAUGAUAUUUUGUAUCUUUUUUGAAUAAAUUUAUUUUUUAAACUUCAAA